CGCACACGGGCGCUACCUAUGUCUCACGACCGUAACCGCGCUCGUCCUCCAUUUUCAUUGUGUCGGUUUCGUAUCAACUCGAUUUUGAAAAAUAUCUAUCUGCGAAAAAUUACGCCUGCACGAGAUUUUAAGUAAGUACGUAAAUUUAUCGGUUUCACGCGAUCCGAUCGCCGAGUAAUUGUUUUCAUCUUUUCAUCCGUCUUCGUCGUUUGUCCCCCCACAGGCCCGCACCGAACAAGUAGGCACCAACUUAAACAGAGCGUCCUGGUUUACGAUAGUGUUGUGUUCGGUCCGUACAGUUUUGAACAUAUUGUAUGUUUAUAAUGUAUACAAUAUAAUAUACAUACCUAUGUCCUAUAUAUAUAUAUAUAUAUAUAUAUAUAUAUAUGUAUAUAUGUAUAGUUAGAUAUACGUAAUAGUAUUGUCGAUACUCAUCAUUAUAAUUAUUAUCGUUAUUAUAAUAAUCAAAAAUAAAAUAAUUUAAAAGGACUGACACCGCGAUGGUGUGCGUGCGUGUGUGUGUUUUUGUCUGUGCGUGCGCGGGUCGUUAGUGCGCGCUUUUCUCUCCGGCCGUUUGAUUUUCUUUGCCGUGUUCGAUUUCCGAUUAUCGAAAAUUUAGGUUAUAAAAAUUUGUCGGUAGUUUGGUACGCGCCGUCCACUGUUUUUAUUCCUUUCGGUUCGUUUGUGCUUAUCCCGUUCCGUCGAGUUUUUGAACCUUUGAUGAUAACACAGUUAUUGCGCGUAUUUCAAAGUGUGUACCGAUCGCCGCUGCUGGUUAGUAUAAUUAUUAAUUAGUUAUGUCACUUGUAAAGCAUUCCGUCAUAAUAUAUCAGUGUUUUUUAAAUUCUUUCUUCCGAAAAGUCCAUCUGUAUUCGAUUCGUUCUUCGGAUGUCGGACAUAAUAACAAACGCUUUGGUUUAGCUGUUAAACUGUGAACGUGACACCGUUAUUCGCGUAUUUCGUGUCGAUGUCGGGUUAGCGACGACGUUCCGUAAAAUAAAUUUAGCUACAAUACGAUCGAGAUUACCAUCCGUCGUCAAUGGGUUAGUUGCCCAAGAAUCGAAAAACAGCGAACCUCGAUGUUUUAGAGCUGAUUACGACGCCCAAAAAUCGCUGGGUUUUCUGUUUUCACAACAAUCCGGUCUCAGCGGCUUUCCAGUUAUGUGGUCCACGGCUUUACAACUGUGUUUUAUACGAGGUCGUAGUUUACAAGUUUCCUGUGAGUAUCUGCUCUACUAGUCAUGACAUUGAGUCAGUUACAAAUUGGCUAGGUACUUUUCUAUACUUAGUUUGUUGAUUGAAUAUGCGAUUUUAUCUUAUGGUGGUAUGUACUGCUUUCUUACUGAAAAGUGAUUUUUCAUUGUUAUCGUUCACUAAAACCAAUCACUGCAUUAGAUUUUAAUUGAUUUCUAUGCAUUGUUGUCAAUAUUAAUAAAAAAAGUUGUGAAACAAUUAUGACUUCUGUUUGUAUUCACUCGUAAAUAUACAGAAUCUGUGAUCAAACUUUCUAUUUUUGUGUUUUCUGAUUGAUUUUUGAAUUUUUUUCUUGUUCUUCACAUCUAAGAAAUGUCCGGUAAAUCCAAAAUCUAGUCAAUGGUUUCAUUUUAUUUUAUAAAGAAAAAUACAAAGUGCCAAAAGUCAGAGAUAGACCAUAAUUUGUAUAGUUAUCUAUUAAUUUUUAGAAUGAUAAUAUAAGUACACUAAAUUUUAACCUAAAUAAAACGUUUCCAAGGGACAAAAUGUUUUUUUCCCAAUUUCUAUUCAAAAUGUUAUCGGUUUGAAUUUAUUAAACCAUGAUUUAUCAUGGACUCAAUGUCCGAUUCAAACAUAUGCUGUUAAUGUAGUCUUUGUGACUAGCAUACAUUUUCAUAUUUGUUCCUCAGAAAUAUAAUUUAUUUGAAAACUGUUAUCAGUAUCAGGUAUCUAUAAUGAAGGUACUUAUAAUUUUGUUUAUGUAACCUAUGUUUUAUUUAAUUUGUUUAAAUAAUUAUAUAUAAAUCUUAUAAGUACUAUAAAUUUUAAUUGGAUACUUACCUAAAUUUAUUUUAUUCAGUGAUGGGAAAGAACACAAUCCUUUUGAACAAGUUUUAUGAGAAAAGAAUUUGAAUACAUUCAAUUUUCAAUAAAUGAUAAAUCUAAGUUCUUAUCUUUUAUGAAUGUGGAAGUUUUUGGUUUUUUUCUCAUUUGUUUAAUUUAAUUUUCAUUGACCAUAAUUAUGUUUAUUACUAAUAUUUUAUAUGCAUAUAGGAAAAGGAAAUUUAAAUUAUUAUUUACUAAGUAUAGAAAAAAAUAAAGUACUAUUUAUAUAUUUUGAAUAAUUUGUAGUUUGUACUAUGAAUAGAUAAAAGACAAUGAUAUGAAUCAGGAUAUACAAUUUAUUAUUAUAAGUUAUUUUUACAAUCCUCAAUUAGGAAAAUGCAGUUAUUUGCUGUUCAGUGUAUGCUAUUUAUAUACUUGUUUAAAACCCAUGCAUGAGUAUUAAUUGGUUAGUUUAAUUUAUUUUUCUAUUGACAAUAUUAUGUACUAUGUUAAAUAUUAAAUAUUAUAUUUUAGAUUUUAAGUGUACCGAAGAAUGUAUUGGUUUUAUAAUGAUGUUUUUAUUAUUUUAUUUUUUUACUGUGACAAAAAUGACCGCUUGAAAUUUAUAUAAUUUUUAGUUUAAAUUAUAAUCUAUAAAUACAGUAUAAUAAAUGCUUCAAAUAGUUUUUGUACCUUUUUAUAAAUUUUAAAAUAUAAAAUAUAAAUGGCAGGCAUUAACUAAGGCCCAUUCUCACCAAUGUAAACGUUGAUUUUUAAAUGGAGUUUAUAAGAUAGUCGACCAAUCGUGGUCAGUUAUUAGCCAUAAACUCAGUUUAAGAAUCGGAUAAAUGCCUUUUUUACGUUAAUGAAAAUGGCCCUAAACCUGUGUGGCAGGGGUCAACCAGUAGGUACCAUUAUUUUUGCAAAGCCACGUAGCUCACAAGGAAAUACAAAUGCAGUACAAUAUUGAAUUUAAUAUAUAUUUAUUUUACUAUAUGAUAUAAUAUAUAUUGUUGAAAAGCAAUACUAUUAACUGAGCUCUGCUCAGAAUCGUUUUCGUUAGCAAUGAUUAAUCUUUUUUUACAGAUAUAGGUGCAUUAAAUUCCCCUCUAAAUUCUACCUUUCCAAUUUUUCAUCUACAAUAGUGGUUUAUCCAUCGUGUGAAGUAUGUCCAUUUUUUUAAAAUUGCACUUAACAUUUUGUUUCUGUGAUGGUUAGGUAUAUUAAUAUAUUAUUAAUAUUAUCAUUAUAUAAAAUCAUUUUUUUAACUAUUGUAAUGAAUACUGUAAGCAUAGAAAACUUAUUUUUUAAGCAUUGUAAUAUUGCUGUACCUUACCCCUUGCUGGUUUUAAUAAAUUGAAUUAUUAUAAAGUAGAAAUAGCUUGCAUUUGCAUUAUUAAAAUAUAAUUUGUUAGGUAGAUAUUACUUAGCUUUUUGCUAUUAUUCAAUGGUUGAAAGUUGGUUAGCAGAAAAUUGUAUGUAACAAUUAUUUUUUUUAAUAAAUAUUUAAAUUCCGAAACUAGUGAAGAGAGAUUGUUUCAUUCUGCUUUUAAAUCAAAAAUGUUUAUUAAUUUCAUAAAUAUAUUAUUUAUAUUUAUAUAUAGAAUUUCCCCAUGACUAAUUUCUUUGUUUAAUGAACGGGUAAUUAAUUCUCAUUUAGGUAUUUUUUAUAAAAUUGAAUGCACUUAAUUCUAAAUUUGAUUUUGUUGUUAACUUUUUAGAAUUUUGGUUUCUAUGUACAAAUUUACAAGUAUUAACAAACGAUAAUGAGUCAAGAAGUAGAUGAAGCAAUAGUAACCAAAGUUAAUGAAGCUGAAACAGAUGGAAAUGGUAUAUUUUUUUUUUUAGUGAUGUUUUAAUGUCUGGUUAUUUAGAAUUUAUUUUAUUUAUGUUUUUUUAUACACAGCACUUAAACAAGAACUUACCAAUGUAGACGUAUUGAUAUGUGGCUUAUGUCAUAUAGGAUUUCAUUUUGUAGAGGAAUUUCAGGAGCACAAAAUUGAUGGAUCAUGUAAAAAAGUAUCCGCUUUUCGUGAUCAAAAUACAAUGGUACUUCAAGAUUUUUAAUUUUUUAAAUUACAAUUAGUUUUGUAGGAGUUUAAAAAUAAUAAAUAAGUUUAACUCUUAACAUAAUAUUCAAAGUGUUUGAUAUCUAAGUAGCAAUACUAAAGCCCUAACAAUUAUUAAUAUUAUUCAAUACUUUUGAAUAUAUUAUUUUUAUAUUCAAAGUUAAUUGAUAAAAUAUUUUUAUUUUUUAAACUAGUUAUUUUGUUAUUUAUCUUAAUAUUCUUUUUUUUUAAAUUCUAUAUAAAAUGCUGAUUUUGCUUUUAUAUGUAAAUUGUAAUUGGGUAAUGUGUAUGUAUAUUUUAUCAAAUAAAAUUGUAUUUUUUAUAGGACAACAAACCACAAAUUGUAGGAUUUCUACUAUGGAAAAAUUCUCAAGCCAAGCCUAUUGGUUUGUACAUGUUUACUUUUUAUUUAAUAAUAAUAAAUAGUAAUUUUCCCUUUAGUUUGUGUGAUUUUUAUCAAGUACUUAUUUAAAAUAAGUCAAAAAUGAUAAUUAGCUCAACUUAAAUAAAUAAAUAAAUAUAUUUGUUUACUUUGCUUUAUUAUAUUAUUUUUUAAUACAGCUGAAAAUCCAGAGGAAUGGAAAGUUUAUCAAAUGUGGUGCUUGCUCCCUGAAAAUGUUAAAAAUAGUUGGAUAGAAGCUGGUAAAACUAUUAACACUUACGAUGAGUUUGCUAAAACUAUUCCUAAUAAGGUUAGUAGUUAUAUUUUUUUAUUUUCAUUUUAUCUAAUAUUUAUGCAUAUUUAUCAUUGAUUAUAAAUACUAUAUGUUAUUGACUGGUCAGGUUUUACAAUGAAACUAAAUAAAACUUAAAAGAUUUUGACUAUAAGAUAGGAAAUUUUUUUUGGCUGUUUUAUACAAAGAAAGAGUAUGGUGGUGGUUUCUGAGAAAUCUAAUUUUUUCUGGUCAUGAGCAAUAUUGUAAUUUUAAUUCUUUUCAUAUUUAUUUUAUUUGCUCAAGUCUGCCAUUAGAAUUAUUUAGUUAAUAUAAUAUUAAUGAUUGAAUAUCUCAUGUGAUUAUUUUUAAUAAAUCGACUGGUAAAAAGUAAAAGAGGCUAAGCGACAGUUUUAUUACUUUUCAGGAAAGCAGAAACAAAAUUUUCAUUUGUUCUUAACUUUGGCAUUGGCGCUUCAGUAUUUAUUUAAGCUUUUAGGAAUGAAGUUAUUAUAUAUUUUUAUUUCAUUUUAUGUUACCUUAAUGGCUUGAUACUAGUUACAUAGGAAAUGUUUAAUAAUGUUUGUUUUAAACACAAUGAAUUUUUCUUAAAACUUAUUAUUUUUUGUCCCUUGACUCUAGAUUUUUUUUUUUUUUCAGAAGUAAGAAUAUUUUUAUUUUUAAAAAACACUUAUGUUUCUUGAUUCAAAAUUUGAUUAUAAAAUUAUAAUUAUAUGCAAUAAAUUAUGUAUUUAUCUAAUGAAUAAAAUCAUAAUCCCUUGAUCAAGAAUAAUAUAUGAAUAAUAAUAUAAUAAUAUAUAAUAAAUGCCAUUUUUAAAUGAGCAAUCAGAAAUGUGCAGGUAUAAAUAAAUUAAACUACAACAAUACUAAUGAUUAAUAUUAUAAUAUAAUAUAUGUUUACCUUUCCUUGUUCUUUCGUUGUUUAAUCACCAUUCACUAUGAAAAACAAACAAACAAAAAUAUUGUGACAGAUUUUACUCGAUAUCUAUCUUAUAAUAAUAUUUAAUAUCUAAUUAUUGAUAAUAAUGAUAAUAUCCAACCACAUAAUAAUUAUGUUAUUCUGUGAUAUAACAUUGAUACCAAUAUUAUAAAAGGUGAUAAGCGAUAAUAGUGGGGUCCAAGUGCUGUGUAGUUGUCACUUAGCAAACACAGUUUUAAUUAGUGUCGCCCAUACCCAAAAAAUGUGUUUAACCCCUACUUUUUUUUCAUACUUCUGUCAUUAAAUGUCACUAGUACCAAAAAAUAAAAUAUAUCUCAUUACUAAAUGGUCAUAUGAACACUAGUGCUCAUGUGAUUGAAGUCUUUAAGUAUCGGCUGUCCCGUACUAUACACCAUAUCGCUUAACCUCUUUUGUCUUUUACCAGUCUAUAUUAUCACAAACAUUAUUGUAGUAAUUAUUUAUUAUAGAAUUUGUCAAAAUGAGCAUCUUUUCAAACUUUAAUCUGAACUGAUGUAUUCAAUCUGUCAAUUGAAAUAUUAAAAGCAAUUGUGAUUAACAUCUUUAAAUAAAUAUGUAUAAUAUAAUAAAAUUUUAUAUUGUCAUAGUAGACUCUGUAAUUUAAAAUUCAGAGGAUUAAGCUGAAAAUUCUAUUUAUAGAGGUUUUUGAUUUAACUUGAGUUCAAACUAUGGAGGGGAAAAAAAAGAAAUAAUUCAAACUAAAUAAAGUUGAUUUGUAGGUACAUAUUUUAUAAUUUUAAAAAAAUUGGUUAUUUUCCUUUGGAAUCAUAUUUCAGCUACAAUUUAGUUUAGUCCAUAUUGUUAUCUUAAAACCAUGGUCUUGAAAAUUAUAUUACAUUUUUCUUCAUCCAUUUCGAGUAAUAACUAAAUAUUUAAAUUACAGAGGUUCUGGUCAAAAAUAUAUGGAUUGUAGUAUCUGUCAUCUCAUAUUUUAUUAAAGGUUUUAUACAUGUAUUUUCUUUAAAUUCUUUGUUUUUCUUAGGGGACUUAUUGUUUAGUUAAAUCUAUGGAGUUUUUAUGAAUUAUUGAGAGUGCUUUAUAUUUAUGCAUUUUAUGUGUGUUAGUUCAUAGUAUUUUUUUUCCAUUUUAUCUCCAAGAAUUAUUAUAAUUUUUUUUAAUAAAUUAAAUCUACUCCAUUUUUCUGGUCAUUGUAAUAUGAAUAAUUAAUGUUAUUCACAUCAUAAGAUUAUGGAUUGGUCCAGAUUAUUGUGCAUGGUAUAAUUUAAUACACACUCUGAAAUAAAUCAAUGUAAAUAAUAAUAGUGCUUAUUUCAGCAAUGAAAAAACAUAGCAUUCCAUAGUGUUUAUGUCCAAUUAUUUGAACAUAGUUUUAUAUGCAGUUAGCAAUCUACAGUAUUUAUAAUCAAUGACAUUUAUUUAAUAAUUUAUUUGGUCCUAGGUUAUUAAACAUGCCCAAAAUUCUUCAAAUGGCAAUUUAGAAGACCAACCACCAGUUACUAUGAAACCUAGUGGUGAAUUCCCUUCAGGGCAGGAGUUUGUAGUAGAAAGAGUUGUUGCACGUCGUUUUAAUCAAAAAAGAAGACAAUUUGAAUAUUUAUUAAAAUGGGAAGGUUACCCCCCUGAACAAAAUACUUGGGAACCAGCAGAAAACAUGUCAGCAUGUGCUCACCUUAUAAAACAGUAUGAAGAUACAUUAGUUAAAAAUGGUUCUGCUUCAUCAACACCAGGAGUAAAGAAACCUGGACGCCCUCGGAAAAUUGAACAGAUCCAAAAUAUUGGUAUAACUAAACCUAAGGUUUCUCCUCAACCACAAGUUGUUGAACAAGUUGGAUUAGGAGGGUGAGAAUUUAAAUAAAAUAUUUGUAUUAUUUGUAUAUUCUAAAAAAAAUGUAUAUAUAUAUAUAUUUUGAUUUUGAAACCUUAAAUAUGUGGCCUGUUAAAACUAAAAAUGAAAGUAAUAUUGACUCAUUAAUCAUUUAUUUAGAUAAUAUUAAUUGUGUGUGUAGAUUUAAUUGGGGUAAGACAUUAUAAUUAUAGAAAUUAUCAAUUAUAAAUUAUAAAUAAUUCAAACAAAUUAAAAAGUUCAUUUUUGUAUUAUUUUACAGUUCCUUAUUUUAAAAUUUAAGAUUUUUUAUUUAAAGAUGUCAACUAAUAUAAUUGACAUAAUAUUUUUCCAACAUAAUAUAGGUAGUAUUUUUUACAAUUAUUAAGUAAGAAAAGUUUCCAUUAAGACAAUAUUAUUUGAACAUUGUAGAAUAAUAUAUUAUAGUUCCAAUUAUUUUUAAUUAUUGAAUUGUAGGUUUUGAUAUUCACUUGUAGAAUAUCAAUUAUGCCUAUUGUCUUUUAUUGCUUUAUUGUUGUGGUUACCAAUGUCAAUAUGGAUAAAACAGUAUAUGUUCAUAAUCAUUACCACUAUUAACUCUUUGACUGCCAUGAAUUCUUAAAUUAUUGUACAUGUCAACUAUACCUUUUUAAUUUUUAAAUUUUGAUUUUGAAUUGCUUUGCGGAGCAAGAUUCAGCAGUUAUAAAUUAAUCAAAAUAUUAGUUUAUAAAUUAAAAAAAUAUACAAGAAACAAUGUAUUUAGCAUGCUACUGAUUUAUCUUUAAUCUCAAAUAAAUUUUACAUCAAUUUUCAUAUUUUAGUUUUUAUAAAUUUUAUUUGUUUAAAAAGGAGGCCAGUAAGGAGUAGUAAACAAAAAGCAAUGGAUCAAGUUAAAUAUUGGUGUGGUACCAUGAAGGCCAAUGAAGAAGUAAUUGAACCUAAAAGUACUGCUCCACAAAACGUACUGAAACGUGACUAUGUUAUGCUUGAAGAUGAAGAAGAAGAUGAAGAUAGUCCAGUAGUAAAAAAAAAAUAUUUUCAUCCAGAUUCUGAGGAUGAAGACUGGGACGAUCCAUCAUUACAUAAAUUAAAUACAACCAUUCAUGAACACGAAGAACCACAUAAUAGUAUAGGAAAAAUUAUUCCUAGAGGUAAACUGAGUAUGUCAUUAUAUGAAUUAUUAUUUAUUUUCAAAUGCAUAAUUUAUUGGAAAUAUUUCUUAUUUUGGUAAUUUUUUAAAUUUUUGAUGUAUGAUUGUUGUCAUACCAGUUAUCUGCUUGCCAUGGUAAUCAUGAUGCUAUAAGAAAAGAAAAGGUUCAAUUUAUCUUAAAGUUUAUUAUAAAUGGUUUAAGUCUAAAUGUGUACAAUAUUCAUAUAUUAAGUAAAUAUUUACCUCACAGAAAAUUGCAAUUUUUUAAAAAAGAAAAGUUCUGGUGAAAUACAUUUGUUGUUCCAAACAUUGUUCCUAUUUCAUUAAAACUUAUCUUAAUUUAUACAAUUUUAUGUAAGCAUUUAUAAGAUACUAGUAAACAUAAUUUGUAAUUUCCAAUAAUUUAUUACAAUUUGUCCGAAUACAAAAAGUUCUAUUUGAACGCACAAUAACCAUUUGAUUUUUUUGGAUAAUAAUUAUUAUUUUUAGGUCAAUUAACAAUGGAAGAACGUAUUAAGUUUAAUGUCUCAAGAAGUAUUACCAGACCAUCAGUAUUUCCUAUGUUAAAACGUGAAGAACGUGUUAAAAAAAUUAAAAAUCAUUUAAAUCAUUUCAAUAAUGUUAAUCGAAAUUCUGAUAUGGGUUUCUUACAAAUUUCUCCUCAUUUAACUCAAGUAAUACAUUUAAUAUACAAAUUUCAAAUUUGAAUCUAAUAAAUUAAUAUAAGAUAACAUAUUUUAUAUUUAUAAUAUAUAUUUUUUAAGGUUACUUUAGCAGCAAUGAAAGGUUUUGUGAAAUUAGAAACUAAUCAAGUGCCACUGUCUGGUAUCUACGUAUUUUCUAAUGUAGAUGGAUUUACCAGAUUAAAUGACAGUGAUAAAACUCAAAGUAUGAUGAUGAUGAUGAAAAAUCGAGAUGAACCAAAGAAAGGCAAAGUAGUUUAUGCUGAUGGAGCUCAAGCCCUUCAACCUCCAAAGAAAACACUUGACAUAAAUAAAGCAAGAGAAGCUGUACAUCAGUCAUCUCCCUUGCUGAAAUCUUAUACAAAAAAGUAAAUAUGUUAUUAAUUUUUAGUGACUUAAAAUUAAUUACCAAAAUAAUUAUUUACAUAUGUUUAGAACAUCAUUAAUGCAAAAUACAAAAAUCCAGGCUGCUGUAAAGCCUAGACCAUUUUUGCACAAAGUUGCUGCUGCUAAUCCAGAGUACGAGAAGUCUUUACUUCAGGUAUUUAUCUAAAAUAAGAAAUUAAGUAUUUAUUAAUUUUCUGUCAUAAUCCAUAAUUAUAAUGAUUAAUUAUUGCUUUAGAAACAUCAAGGUUCACCUGGAAUGAAAGCCCACCAUAAUAAUAUGACAUUUGUUCCUAGGCGUACUCUUAAUAAUAGAGUUCAACAAGGUAAUAUUUGUUGUAUAAUAUCUUUGUUAUUAUGCAAUAUUAUAAUUACUCUUAGCAAACCUAAAGUAAUAUUACAUUUUAUUAAUCUCAAAUUUGUUGACCUUAAAAUUUAUUUUUAUUGGUAUUUUUCUUUAGUUUAUAUGUUUUGCAUUUAAUAGAAAUACAAAUUGGUUGGUUAUUAAUUCAUAAUUAAUAACAUAAUCCAUUAUGUUCAAAGUUAAUAUUGUAAAUUUGAUUGAUAGUAAAUAAUUCUAAUAUAAUGUGUAAUAUAGAAAAAAUCCUAUUUGGGUUUGUUUUAUUUUCACAUUAGAGUAAUAAGAGUAACUACAGACUUAUUAGAGAGAGUUGAGGGUUCUAAAUCCUCCUUUUUGAACCAAUUUCUAAAUUUAAUAUAAUAAUGAGCAAUAUUAUUUAAAAUAAUUACAAGAUGUGUUUUAAAUUUAGAUCUCUUUCCCUAUAAUAUGUUUUUUUUAGAUAUAUGGUUGUUAGUGACUAAAUAUUUUAAAGUUUUUUGAUGAUUAAAAUUGAUAGUAAUUGUUUGUUUCAUACAUUUUUUACGAUACCCAGAUUAUGGGAUCAAAAUUAAGUUAAAUUUGUUUUAUUAAUGAUUGGUAUAUUUUUCUUUUCUUUAUCACUAUUUUCAAUUUUAUUCGUUGUUUUUUUUGUUAGUUUCAACAUAAAUUUCUUUAAAAACGACCAAUAUUUCAAUCUAUUGAACGAAAUUCAAUAAUAUUUAUUAACUUUCAAAUUCUUUAUAAUAUAAUAAAAUGAGAGAUAUUUAAAAAAUAAUAUUAGUCUAAUAAUUUGAUUUAGUAUAUUUUAAUUAGUUUUGUUUUUUUUAAAAUUAUAAAAACAAAAACUUAAACAUUCAUAUAUUGGGGGUAUCUAAAGUUCUAAGUACUUGAGAAAUGCGAAAUUAAUCGCUGCUGUUCAUGGCCAAUAUUUUCCAGGUGCUUACGCUUAUAACACCCCAGAGCAGUUAGAAUUUUGGGAAGACGCCAUGUCUUCCGACACUGAUGACGGCCUGUCGGACCAUUUCCCAUCAGAAGGUUCUUAAUAUUAAAUUUUCUUUGAAACAAGUUUCACAAUCACUUUUGACAGAUUUUUGAUGACUUACAUCUUGAUUCAGAAACUAAAGUUAAAAUCCUUGAAAUUAUUUUUUAGCUAAAUAACAUAGUUUUAGAAAACGCAGCAUUAUGGUCACAACAGCAGCGGUUAUGGGCCGCAAUAAAAAAAUAGUUUUGACUUAAAACAUAAUCAUGACGUGUUUGUCAUCAAAAGUUUGUCAUGAUAUUUACAAUCAAAUUGAUAUUUGUAUUAAUUAUUUCAGAUGUUUCAAUUCCACCUAAUAGUCCAAAUAGACCGCUAACACUUUGUCCUACCACUGGAAAAAGAUUAAUGAGAGCUGAAGGUGAAAAAACACCAGAGCCUACUCCGCCAUCAAGCCCUAAGUCAAUGUUAACUAUGGAUGAAACAUCUAUGAUGAAUAGACAGAAUGAAAGUCUUACUUUACCAACCUUAAUUAAAGUAUGCAUUUAUUAUUAUUAUUAUAAGCAAAAAAUAAAUAAAUAAUUUUUUAGCUGGAACCUGGAACGGUAAAUUUAGGAUCUCAAAAUCCAAUGAUAUCAAUUAAUGAACAUGAGAAAAUGAAUAUGAAUCGUGCAUCUCAAAUGCAACCUCAAAUCAGACAGAGUUUUGUUAACUAUAAAGACAUUCCAGCUGCUUCUAAUUCUGGUUUACGCAUGAAAAAAACAAAUUCAAGAUCAAAUAAUAGGUAUGCAUUGUAGAUGAAUAAAAUAUUUUUGACUAAACAUUAUGUUAAUAAUUUAAAUUUAUUGGUUUAGUAAUAAAUCUUUGCAUGUUAGCUCUGGCAUGUCCAAAUCCCAUAGCUCAUUAAACGUUCCAGCUCGGAAAAUACAACAAAAACAAGAACCUCAAGUAACUCAACAGUUUUCAAACCAACCAGCUAUACUUACAGAUGAAUCUGGACGUUUAAUUUUAUCAGCUGAUGAUGCAGAUAGUAUGAUUACUAUUACGGGAGAUGAUGGGUUGCUUUACCAGGUACAAAUACAGAAAUACAAAUCGUAAAAGUUUUGUCUAAUCCUUUUACUGCAUAAUAAAUAAUUAUUACAUAUUAUAUUUUGAGCGAAGCGGGAAUGUAUUGGUUUUACAAUGGUUUUUAUUUUUUAUAGUGGGUUUCAUAAUUGGGAAUGUUUAUAAAAUGUAUUAUUUUAAAUUUUGUUUUUUGUUAUAAUUCAGUUUAAAAUAUUUGUAGAGACUUGAAAUUUGAAUAGAAUCAAAUUUUUUUGAGCUAUUCAUAGACAUUUUAAAAUUAAGUUUUUAACCUAAUUUUUUUGUGAUAGGUAUUUGGUAGAUAAAAUGUUGGAUCAAACAGAAAUGCUUGAAAAUUUAACAUGAGGUUCAUUAUAAUUACUUAGUAGUAAAAAAAAAAAAAAAAUCAGUGUAAUAUAGAAUUUCAUAAACAUUUAUAACCGAACUGCUCAGAAUCAUUUAUCGUUAGCAAUGAUCAAUUGUUGUGUACAGAUAUAUAUAUAUUAAAUUACCAUCUAUAUUCUACCUUGCCUAUUUCUCACUUAUAGCAUGCAAUAUCAUGCAGAGUAUGUCCAUAUUUUUUAAAUGUAACAUAAUGUAUAGUUAUAAAAAUAAAAAUAAAUAGUUUUAUUAUCAAAUAACUCAACAUAGUCACUCUUACCACAAUUUUAUAAAACUUAACUAAGUUUCAUUGGAAUAGUCUUAUCACAUAAAAACAUCUGACACUUCUCUCUACUUUAUCUAACCACACUUAUUCCUAUGUUUCUCGAAUGCCACAAUAGAUCGCAAGUUCCUAAAACUGUCAAUCUCUCCAUUAAUUGAUUAUUUUCUCAAGUUGUCUUUUUGUGUUUCUCCAAACUCAUUCUGUUUUACUUCUACUUAUCUCUAGCUCCUUUACUUCAAGUGCUACUUUCCAUUUCUUAUACCUACAGUUAACGUAAUCCAGAUUUUUUCUUAUUAAAAUUAUUAUCUUAAAACAGGACAACCUACCAAAGUUUUUUUAGAACCCCUUAUAAUACUGCUUGAUAGAAUUUUAUACCGACUGUGUUUACCUGACGCAACCUCAUUUGUCAAUUCUUACUACAAGUAAAAGUACCGUGAUAGUAUUCUGAUCCAUCUUUACUAAGAGAAUGGUAUUGUCAACUAUAAGAUGAAUUCCUCUACCCUACAGAAUCAAUAUCAUAUGCCUACUAGAAUCACUCACUUGUGCUUCCCAUUAAUAGGAGCUCGAGGUCUGGGUUUGUUUAAUCUGUAGAAGCAUUUUUUUUUUCACUUCAACUUGAAUAAUUGCUCCGGAAACCGUGUGAGCAUUGCUUUGGGGCCGUUGCAAUAAUUUAUUGUCUGUAAAACCAUUGUGUAAACAUAAUGAAUACAUAAAUUACACGUUUACAAAACAAUUGCAUCUAGAAAAGACUAGAACAACUUCGAUGGCUUCCUGGACUGGGCUGUGCAUUUAUAUUAUUCUUUUCUAGUUCUGAUAAAAUAAAGAAUACAAUUUUUAAGCUAUUUUUGUAGACAUUUAAAAUAAAAUUUUAUUUGUUUUAAUAUUCAAUUAGGAUAAAAUUGUUUGUCUGAACAGAAAUGCUUUAAACUUUAAUGUGAAGUUUGUUAUUAGUUUAAAUUAGAAGUAAAAAAAGUUUGAGUUAUACUAAACUAUUUUGAUAAAUUUGACUCAAAUAUUGAAAUUUACCACAUGUCAAAACAUGUGGUUCAAACCCAAACUUUGUUCAAAAAUGUAAUUUUUGUCAACAUGGAUUUAUGGAAGUUUACAUAUAUAAAUUAAAUAACUGUAUCCUAACUUCCCACUUAUAACAGUAACGCACUCAUCAGCUAUUUUCUAUUUUUGUUAUGUAGGUUUCUGCGGCACAAUUAGCAGCUAGUGGAGGUACAGUUUUAUUGGCUGGAAAUGGUGAAGGAGAUGGGCAACAAUGCGUGUUUCUUACAGAAGAUGGAAAUGGUAUGAUUCAAGGUAAUGCGAAUCAAGAAGGAAUGAUGACUUUGGAUGAUUUUAGCAGCUCUGUUGGUCAGAUGAUGCCACAACAGGUGUGUAAAAUUACAAGCAUAUUAAUACAAAAACUAUAUAAUAUAAUACAUAUAUAUAUAUAUAUAUAUAUAUAUAUAUAUAUAUACAUAUAUAUACACAGUGUUCAUAUUUCUAGGGUAAUACUAAUUAUUUUUGCCAGAUUGACUUGGCUUUGAAUUCGUAUUUUGGGAGAUGUUGAGGGUAAUGAAAUUAUUAUAAAUUUCAAAUGUCAACAUUUUUUGAUACUUGCGUGCGCCAUAAAAAUGUCUUUUUAAAUAGUAACACAUAUUUUUGACACUAUAUAUCGAACAGUCUUAUUAUUAUUUCACAAAUAUAACUUAAAAAGUAUAAAAAUUACUGUUUUAUAGAAAGUUAUUUAUAAUUUAAAACCUUAGGCCUGGAAUUAUAUGCAUUUAAAAAAUGUGAAAUAUGCACUUAUGCAUACAAAAGUAGCUAAAUAUGCAAUUACACAAUAUAUAUAUUAAAACAAAAAACAUUUUUUACACUGACAAUUUAAUGUUUUAAACCGUUAAAUUUUCUAUCAAAAACAAAGAAAUAUUUAAUUAAAAUAAUUAUAAUUGAAAUAAAUUUUAAAUAGAUUAAAAUGUAAUUCUUUAAUAUUGUAUAAUUUUCAAAAAGAUCAUCAACAGUUAAUAAAAAAACAUAAAAGGUAAAACAAAUUAACAAAAUUAUAAAACCAAGGUAUUGGUGAUUGUGAUGUAUUUAUUUUCGUUAUCUAAAUUUCACACACUGAGGUAAACUUAAAAAUUUUUCAACAAAAUUAUUCUAAGAAAUAAUGUCUACAAUUUUUGUCAUUAGUAAAAUUGAUUUAUCAUAAAUAUAAUUUCUCAAUUGAUUUAAAACAUUAAAUAAGCAAAAUAAAAUUUGGUAUUUAAAUUAUAUAUGAUAUGGACAGUCAACAUUUCAAAUCUCCCCUAGAUGUGCAUACAUUAUAUAUAAACAUACAAAUGCAUAUAAUUCCGAGCUUUAGUAAUACAUUCAUGUACACAUACAUACUAAGAUUUGUUUAAAAUAUUUUUAUAAUUCACAAAAUUUAGAUAGUUGUAUAUCGAGCAAUUUUUGAGAUAAAAAAUGUAUUGACAUAAAUUGUUUGAAAAAAAUAAGACAAUUUAAAUCUAGUGUCAUAAGUUAACUGUUACUGUUCAAAAAAGUAAUUUUAUUUGCACAUAUGCACACACUAUAAUAAAUGAUAAAACUGUAAUCUCUCAUUCUUUCUACUUUCAUUAUCGGUGUUAUGCACAUGUCCAUAAUAUUUUCUGUCUAUUAUAUAAUACAGUAAAAUUUUUGAAUCGCAUACAUUCUAGGUUAUCCAAAUUUUGUCCUCUUCAGAGGGAGUAAAUGUUUGAAAUGCAUAAAGGGUAAAUAUGUAAAUUAAAACCUUUGUGCUGGGUAAAAUUAAAUUAUAAUGCUAUUGUUAAGUAUAAUUACUAAUUAUAUAGAUUCAAUAUUGUAUAAAACAAUAUUUUUGAUAAUUUAUAUCUUCUUUAAAUAAUUAAAAUGUAUGAAAUGGUAUGAAUUUUAGAAAAUUAAAGUAUAAAAACAUAUUCUCUAGUGACUAACCACAUUUUGGUCAUGAGGAGAGUACAUCCGCUAUUCGUACUUCUAAACUAUUGAAAAACAGUGAAAAUGUUCCCACUCUCCUAAAAAAAUCAUAAGUUAUUGGAAGAUGUCUAUUAGGGGAGAUUUUAUUAUAUUAUUAUAAUGUAAUUAUUGUGAGAAAAAUCAAAUUUAUACUUUUUAAAAUAAUUUAGGGAGAAUCUGUAAUCCCAAAAUACAUUGUCAUUUAUCACCAUAUAUAUAAGCAGAAAAAUCACACUAGACACAGUCAUAUUAAAUUAUUUUGGUCUAUAUAAUAUUAUUUCUAAAUUUUGUUUUAUUAGAAGCCAACUAUCAAUUGGUAUAAUAAGUAGUCAUCAAAAAAAAAAGAAAUUCAUAAUUUAUUGUUUUUUAUAGUUGGACUUAGGAAAUUUGGUCACUGAUGAUGCAGGAAAUAUGUAUAUUAAAGAUAAUGAAACUGGUCAAUAUGUACCUGUAUCAGCUACAGAACAGGGAGGUCAAGUCGUUAUACAACCAAGUGAAACUUAUGCACAAGAACCUCAAGUUAUGCAAGAAGAACAAGAUCAAUUGGUUGCACAAAUUGUGGAUGCUGGAGAGCCAACUCCUGGAGGCACGUUUUAUAUGACAUAUUUUACAUUUUAUUGUAAGCUAAUAAAUCUUUUUUUGAACAGGUGGUCCACGUAGAGUAGUCUUACAAUUACCUGAUGGUAAUUUAAUGGUAACUGAAAUGGAGGAAGAACAGUUUGCUGCUCUUGAAAUGGAUAAAUAGUAUGUACUAUGAAUUAUAUAUUAUGUUUUUUAAGGUAAAAUAGUUAAUAGCUAAUUUUUUCAUACAUUUUAUUUAAUUGGAAUAACUCAAUUAAAAACAUGUUUUUUGUAAUAUUUUAUUUAUAUUAACAGUAAAAUAUUAUAAUAUUUAAAGAUUUGAAAAUCUUUAUAUUUGUAUGACUGAUUCAAAUUGAAAAAAAAGAACAUUUUUUUAUUGAAAACAGAAAAUGGAUUACCUACCUAUUAUAUUAUAUUUUACCUAAUAAUACAUAUAUAUUACAAAGGGAUAUUGUAAAUCCACAAUUAUUAUAUUCAGAUUAAUAGAAUUUUUAUUUUUAUUUCUGGUUUGGUUUGAUUUUUUACUUCAUUACUGUAAAUUUAUUUUACCAAAUAUUGAUAGGUCUUUUUUUGUGAAAUAGUAUUAAAAAUAUUUAUAGUAAAUAAGUUUUUUUUUUUAAUUUAUUUUAUUACUUGUUCAAAAAAAAAUUAUAAACUUGUAAUUUUUGUGAAAAUUAAUAUGGAUUUGAAAAUUAUUAAAGAUUGCAAAACCAUUAUAAUAUAAUAAUAUUAUAAUGUUAUGUAUAUAAUAUAUUAUAGACUAGGUUUUAUUGAUGAUUAUAUUUAUUUUAAUUUUAUACUAUAUAUAUGAAAUAAAAUCUGAACUAUGUUCACUUUUAUACUUGUAAAUAAAUGGAAA